AUGGCGUCGAUGCAGAAACGGCUACAGAAGGAACUGUUAGCUUUGCAAAAUGAUCCACCCCCAGGAAUGACAUUGAAUGAAAAGAGUGUUCAGAAUACAAUCACACAGUGGAUUGUGGACAUGGAAGGAGCCCCAGGUACUCUCUAUGAAGGAGAAAAAUUUCAGCUGCUUUUCAAGUUUAGUGGUCGAUAUCCGUUUGAUUCACCUCAGGUAAUGUUCACCGGAGAGAAUAUACCUGUCCAUCCCCACGUGUAUAGCAACGGUCACAUCUGUCUGUCCAUUUUAACAGAAGACUGGUCGCCCGCCCUGUCAGUACAGUCCGUCUGUCUUAGCAUUAUAAGCAUGCUGUCCAGCUGCAAAGAGAAGAGACGGCCCCCAGAUAACUCUUUUUAUGUACGGACAUGUAAUAAAAAUCCAAAGAAGACAAAAUGGUGGUAUCAUGGUGGACGACUCGUGUGGUUUUGA